AUGAAGAACAAGUACCCACUUUCGAGAAUCGACGAUCUAUUUGAUCAAUUUUGUGGGGCUGCUAUGUUUUUCAAGAUAGAUCUUUGUUCAAGGUACCAUCAGCUUAAGGUUAAAGAGGCUGACAUCCAUAAGACUGCCUUUAGGACACGUUAUAGGCAUUACGAGUUCCUAGUCGUGCCCUUUGGUUUGACGAAUGCUCCGGCUGCAUUCAUGGAUCUUAUGAACCGGUUUUUCAAUCGUAUUUUGAUCAAUUCGUCAUGGUCUUCAUCGACGAUAUUUUGGUAUACUAUAAGUUCGAAGUUGCUUAAGUCAUAUAAGGGGAAUUAUUUGACGCACGACCUCGAGUUAGCUGUCGUGGUAUUUGCCCUAAAAAUUUGGAGGCACUAUCUGUAUGGUGAGAGGUGUAUCAUCUACAUCAAUCAGAAGAAUCUUAAGUACCUCUUUACCCAGAAAGAGUUGAACCUUAGGCAACGUAGAUGGAUUGAACUGCUUAAGGAUUAUGGAUGUACUAUUGAGUACCAUCUUGGUAAGACCAAUGUAGUGGCCGAUGCUCUUGGUCGUAAGGUUAUGUUUAAUUUGAAGGCAAUGUUUACUCGUCUAAAUCUGUUUGAUGAUGGGAGUCUUUUAACUAAGUUGCAAGUUUAUGUAUCGAAUGACUCUGAUUUGAGACAGUCUAUUCUACAGGAAGCACAUAGUAGCCAUUAUGCUAUGUAUCCCGAUGGAAAUAAGAUGUAUCGAGAUCUUUGUGAACUUUACUGGUGGCCUAGUUUGAAACGGGAGGUGACAAACUUUGUUUCUCGUUGUCUAACGUGCCAGCAAGUGAAGGUUGAGCACCGAUUGCCUUCAGAUCGGUUGACCAAGUCUGUCCAUUUCAUUCUUGUUCAAACAGAUUAUUCUCUUGAAAAGUUGGCCAAGCUAUACAUUUCUGAGAUCGUGAAACUUCAUGGGGUUCUUGUUUCGAUUAUUUCGGAUAGAUAUCCUUGCUUCACUUCUCAAUUUUGA